AUGGAGCUGCUAGUCGCCGAAUUGGCACAAGGUCUACUAGAAAAAUUGGAAAAACUCGAUCCCGGACAACGGCUCCUCGUCGGCCUAACAGGGAUUCCUGCAAGCGGAAAAACGUCCCUGGCGCAUGCUGUAGUUAACAAAGUCAAUGAUGUUCACAAGCAGAGCUCGCCGGGCUCGUUAAACAUUGCAAUCAUGAUCGGAUUGGACGGUUGGCACCUCCCACGCUCUACACUGGCCGCAAUGCCAAAUUCUAAGGAAGCCUUUGCACGAAGAGGUGCUCAUUGGACGUUUGACGGAGAGGGAUAUGUCAAAUUUGUGGCGAAACUGCGUGCACCCGGGCUUGUCAAUGCACCAUCCUUUUCGCACUCGGCUAAAGACCCGGUUGAGGACGACAUUCAAGUUCAAUCUCAUCACAGAAUUAUCCUUCUCGAGGGCCUUUACGUGUUCCUUUCUAUCGAACCAUGGGUAGUCGCUGGCAGUAUGCUGGACGAACGAUGGCUCGUCGAUGUCGACCUCGACGAUGCAAAGGAAAGGAUUGUGAAGCGCCAUGUAGAGACGGGAGUCACGGCAACAGAGAAAGAAGCAACUCAUCGAGCUGAAGAGAACGAUUUCCCUAAUGGAGAAUUCGUAUUGGGGCAUAUCCUCGAACCAACAAGGCGAAUCAAGAGCAUAAACGAUCCAAGUAUCGCAACCUAA